UAGACACACCGUCACACUUUUGAUUUACAGCGAUGACACAUCCUCGCGUCUGAUUAAAAGUGUCCCAUCUGAGGAGCCUCCAGCAGAAGAGCCUUUGGUCAGGCAGGAACAAACGCUCAGCAAGUGCCAUGGCCAGACCAUCCUCAGGAAGUCUUCUUCCACGACUUGCUUUUUUACUUCUGAUUGGUGCUCUCAACAUUCAUACGAGGAGCCUUGCAAGCCCAGUCAACCAGGUUUUCCGUUCGAAGGGCAGUUUAGACGUCCAGAACGGGAUUUUGGCAUUUCUGCUACGGAAGAACAUCAUGCCUGUGCAAGAAAAGGAUGUAAUAGGACUCGAGCUCGCCAGAAAAAUUGUAGAGCUGCAGGAGCUUGAGGCCCUUCAAGAGGAGCUAAAUGUGGAAAGAAAAUUGGCGUCAAAUGCAAUAGAAAAAGAGAGACCGACGACCAGCAAAAGAAAUGAUGCCUGUUUCUGGAAAUACUGUGUUUGAGGAUCGCUUGACGCGAAGAACCAGGAGCAAGAAAAUCUGCAAAAUGCCUUAAGACGUGUCAGACGAGCAGAGGUUUUUCAAAUACGGAAUUAUAUGUAUUCAUAAUGUGUCAUGAUAAUCAUGAUAGUUAUAUUGUACUCAUGGCUUUACUCUUAUAAUGAAAAUGUAUUUUAUGUAAAUGUCGUAUCAAUAAAAC